UCUGGCGGUGGCAUUUAUAUAUAAAUUAAUUUACCAAAUGGUCACACACUUGUAGAAGCAGUGCUGCACAUUUAGGUACAUAAAAUGAAGUACUUAAUUAUAUUGCCAUUAACUUUUUGUAUAGUUAUAAGUGCACCAAGAUCAAGAAUUUAUCCUGAACAAACACCACCACAGUUACUAACGUUACCGAGCAAUGCAACAAGUAUACGUGCAGAAAUCACAGACUCCUUCACGUGCGAGGGACGUUCUUAUGGAUACUAUGCAGAUACUGAUAAUGAUUGUCAAAUAUUCCACGUAUGCCUGCCCGUAGUUUACUCGCACACUAGAAGCCAAAUGUUUAAAUGGAGCUUCAUAUGCCCAGAGGAAACCAUUUUCAAUCAGGAGAUCUUCACCUGCGUAAACGCGGACGAGUCAAUCGAUUGUAUGGAGUCGCCCAAAUUUUAUUCAUUAAAUUCGCAUUUUGGUGAGAGAGAAUCUGAAACCGAAGAGGCCCAUCACGUGACAGAUGGCACGACUGUCCUACCGGAAAUGUCGCAAGGUGUCGAAAAAUCCGGAAGAAGACAUUCGUAUGACUCCAAACGAAAAACUUUAGAAAGCGUAUACAAUUAUUAAUUUUUUCUUCGCCUAUACAAUCCAUUUUUAACAUGACUGAAUACAAUGAUCUUAUUCGCAACAGACUGAUUUAAACAUAAGGUGUACAAGUUUAAACGCAAUAAAUGAGCUUUUUCUAUGA